UUCCAACAUUGUUAUACAUCAUGAAUUUGGAAUAAAGCAACUAUCGCAUUGCUUCAUGAAUCAGACUGGAGCACUGUAGAUUUGCGACCAACUUUGUUUUGGUACAUAAAGAAAAGCUUUGGCUAACCUCCCCUUGUCCUUGCCUCGCAGGACUCCAUCCUACCUGCACGAUCCGCAGGGCCCAACUCUUUUCUCCGAAUCACUGAUAUUAUGCUUUGAAAAACAAUCCUAUUCAUAGUUGCUCUUGCUCAAGUUCCUUUCCAAGACGUCAUAAUAGCCAUCAUCUUGGAAGCCAUACGCUGGCAAAGUGUGGUUUAUGGGAAGACUUUCUGACUUAACCAACCAAACAUUCAGGAAUAACUCCCGGGAUUCGCCCCCAGAGCAUCUUUUAAGAUGGAAACUGUUCUUUAUCACCAUCAAGAUUUAAUUUCCUUUUUCACAGACUAUGACUUCGGCAGUGCACUGUGUCAAAUGCCGUUCAAGCCACCACGGAACGAUCCUCCCGUCACCAACUGCAGAUCCUGCAUCAACACUUCACGAUUCAAAACUGCAAGCCGAGAGUGUACAAAGAUGUCAGUACAUCCGUACCGACUUUGCAACAAGCAUGUCUUAUGUUUGGACUUGAUUUUCAGCAUAUAUCAUGGCUUCAACACCACAGUCUCCAAGCCACGACGGCUUUCAAGAGAGUGGGAUUAGAUUGUCAAGCUGCUCAACCCCCUCAAACGAUGAGGAGAAGGCUCUACCAGCAGCGGAAGUUGACCGUAGUAAAGAAAGAGACACAAAUCUUGUUGGCUGGGACGGAGAUCAUGAUCCAGAAAAUCCGCUGAACUGGUCAGACGGAUAUAAGUGGUGGAUAACUUUCCAACUAUCAAUGUUAGCCAUGGCCGCAAGUUUGGGAUCUAGCAUUAUUGCCCCAGCUGAAGCCGCUAUCGCAGAAUACGCGGGUGUCAGUAAAGAAGUCACUGUCUUGGUUAUCUCCUUGUACAUUAUUGGCUUUGCUUUCGGACCCCUCUGUUGGGCACCCGUAUCAGAACUUUGGGGUAGAAGAAUGUCCCUUUUGCCAGCGAUGGCCUGCUUAGGACUCUUCUCAAUCGGAACAGCUGUAGGCAAGAAUGCCGAAACAAUCUUCGUAACUCGUUUCUUCGCUGGUCUCUUUGGAUCUGCACCUGUUAGCAACGUUGCUGCUGCGCUGGGAGAUAUCUGGGAGCCCAAAUCGCGCGGAAUUGCUAUCACCUUCUACGCAGUAGCUGUUGUUGGCGGUCCGACUCUGGGUCCCACUAUUGGGGCUGCACUCCUGGUCAAUCCUCAUCUCGGCUGGAGAUGGACUGAAUAUAUCCAGGCAAUUUGGACCUUCGCCGCGACCGUCCUUGCCUUCUUCGCUCUCCCCGAGAUAUAUUCGCCAGUAAUUCUGAAGAAAAAGGCGCAGCGUCUGAGAAAAGAGACUGGCAACCGGUCUCUUCAUCAUCCGCAUGAAGACAUCAAGCUGUCUCCCAAAACGAUCGUCACGAAACAUCUCGGGCGACCUCUGAGAAUGUUGUUGACAGAGCCGAUGGUCGCUUGCAUCGCAUUCUACGCCUCGUUUGUGUUUGGACUUCUGUACCUGACCUUAGAAGUCUUCCCAAUUGUCUUCCAGGAAGCUCGAGGUUGGGGUCCUGUCGUUGGAUCCCUGCCCUUCCUCGCCUUAUUCAUUGGUGUCCUCUCAGCAGUCGUCAUCAAUCUUGGAAACCAGCCUCGAUACGCACGAGCUCUCGAUGCAUCAAACGGAAAACCAGUGCCCGAAGCUCGACUGGCUCCUAUGGCUAUCGGCAGCUUCAUUUUUGCCAUAGGUCUCUGGUGGUUCGGUUGGACUGCAGCACCAAGUACAUUUUGGCUUUCGCCAGUCUUUGCAGCUGUAUUUAUAGGUGCAGGCUUCAAUAUUAUUUUCCAGCAAUGUAUCAACUUUCUCGUUGAUACUUAUGGACUUUAUGCUGCUUCUGCUGUCUCGGCAAAUACGUUUCUGAGAAGUGUGUUCGCGGCGGGACUUCCUCUUGCUGCCCAGCCAAUGUUCCAUAAUCUUGGAAUUGGUCCGGCCGUCUCGAUCUUGGCUGCGGUUGCAACUGUUGCUAUUCCAGUACCGUUCAUCUUUAUGAAGUAUGGACUGAAGUUGAGGAAGAUGUCACAUUUUGCGCCUGUUGACGAAGAUUGAAGGUCAUGUAGAUGAGAAUAUUAGCAGCUCUUGAUGUAGCGAGAGUUCGAUAACAAAAAGAUAAAUGCUCAAAGCAAGACAGUCCCACCAAUAAUGAUCCAAUCGUUGUGUACAAGAACUGGUGGUGGAGAUGAGCAAGCAAAUAUCGAACGAGAUCGUGUCGCUCGACUCAAAGCACG